UGCCCUAUCAGUAAAUGCUUGUCUCGGUUCUCGUCUUCCCUCAUCACAAGCGCUAAAAAGAGGUCAGAUUCAGGCCAUUGAUCUCUCUCUGUAUGGCGAACCCAUCGGGAGUACCCACCAUCACUCAUGUUAUCUUCGAUAUGGACGGUCUCUUACUGGACACGGAGAAGUUCUAUACUCAAGUCCAAGAAAUUAUACUAGCUAGAUACAAUAAAACUUUCGAUUGGUCUCUCAAGGCAAAAAUGAUGGGGAAGAAAGCAUUGGAAGCAGCAAGGGUGUUUAUUGAUGAGACAGGAAUAAGUUCUCUUACUCCGGAGCAGUUCCUUGAAGAAAGAGAGGAAAUGCUUAAAAGUUUGUUCCCUAAUAGUGAGCUUAUGCCAGGAGCCACCCGUCUGAUCAAACAUCUACACGAGAAUGGAAUACCUAUGUGUGUGGGAACAGGUUCUCAUGCACGGCAUUUUGCAUUGAAAACUCAGAGACAUGGUAAAAUCUUUUCAAUGAUGGACCAUGUGGUUCUUGGUGAUGACCCAGAAGUUAAGCAAGGCAAACCUUCUCCAGAUAUAUUCCUUGUUGCGGCCAAAAGAUUUGAGGGUGGUACUGUGGAUCCUCGUAAGAUUCUUGUGUUUGAAGAUGCGCCCUCAGGAGUUGCAGCAGCUAAAAAUGCUGGGAUGUCUGUAGUUAUGGUCCCAGAUCCAAUGUUAGAUUGUUCUCUCCAUAAAGAUGCUGACCAAGUUCUCGGGUCACUACUGGAUUUCAACCCUGGCAACUGGGGCCUGCCUCCAUUCCAAGAUUUAUUGGUCUAAAUUCACGCCACCAACUUCAUGUCUAGUGCUGCAGUAUAGAUCUGUAGUAGUGACUGCCUGGUACAUCUGCUUUUUUAGAAACAUACAAUAAGAUUUUUUCUUUUUUUGAAAUUCAAAUCCAGGCUCACUACAUUAUUUUUGGACUUUGUUGAAAUUAUAGUGUAGUUUCCUGUAAUCUCAUUAGCAUCUACAUUUUUAAUUUCAUUUGGUGGACACAGGUUCCAGUUGACUUUGGAUUCUAUAGCUGCAAAGUAUUUGUAUGUCUGUAGUAACUAUGGGGAAAGAAGGUUAUAACAUCUUUGAGAUCA